AUGAAACAGGUCAUUAUUCUCUGGGUUUUCCUCGUUAGUUUUGCUACAGCAGGCAAACAUUUAAAUGCGAAUGGGCCUUUUGGUAAACGUCAUAACGACGAUGAUGAGUUAACCCGUCGCGAAUGUAAACGACCUCCAGGCGAAGUAUCUUCGUCUAGAAAUAUUGCGGUAGCUAGUUUGAAUGUAUCCAGUACGAUCUAUUCAAGUAACGAAUUGAUCACAAUCACCUGGUCAUCGCCAUUAACGACAUGUCACGAUGAUUAUAUAGGAAUUUAUUUUGCUGAGACUCCAAUUACGUCAGCUUGUAGCUAUUUUGAUAAUGAAGUUGUGAACAAUACACAGAGUAGUACAUCAUGGCGUAUGAUUAAUCUUCGUUGUCCAUUGGAAUUUCGUUAUUUUUCACGAGAACAGAAUUGUUCGGGCAAUUACUCGAUUAUCGCUAGAUCUCCUGCUAUUCAGCCACGCAAUUACAAUGAACCAACACAAAUUCAUUUAGCGUAUGGUGAUCGAGCAGAUCAAAUGUUUGUUUCUUAUGUAACAAACUCGUCACAAUGCAUUCCUCAAUGUCAAUACGGAUUAGUUCCAUCAUGGUUGAAUUUUCGGCAAAAUGGAACAACAACUACUUAUACAGCAUCUGAUAUGUGCGAAGGAAAAGCCAAUAAAUGGGGUCCGCGUACAUUUAUCGAUCCAGGAUAUAUGCAUACAAUUUUACUAGAAGAUCUUCGUCCAUCAACAACAUAUUAUUAUCGUGUUGGUAGCGAUGAACAUGGUUGGUCAUCGAUCUAUUCAUUUACAAAUCGGCCAGCAAACGAAAAUGAAACAGUAUAUAUGAUUGCAUAUGGAGAUAUGGGGUUGGCACCAUAUGCACCAGGUUCAAAAUUUACCACAGAUCGAGUUACAGCACGAGCGACAUCGUUCAAUAUUACUUGUUUGUUACAUAUUGGUGAUAUUAGUUAUGCUCGAGGUUUUGGUGCUCAAUGGGAUGCAUUUAUGACGCAAAUCGAACCCAUAGCAGCACACAUACCCUACAUGGUUGCCAUUGGAAAUCAUGAAUAUGAUCAUGUAUUAGGCGGCGAUAAAGAUCCAAGUGGUGCACCAGGACCAGGUGGAUUUCGACCAGAAUGGGGUAAUUAUGCUUAUGAUUCAGGUGGCGAAUGUGCUGUUCCCAUGGUUCAUCGUUUUCAUUCUCCGUCUAAUGGCAAUAGUCUCUUUUGGUAUAGUUUUGAUGUAGGUCCUGUACAUAUUAUUUAUUAUUCAACAGAACAUGAUUUUCGUCAUACAUCACCACAAUAUGCAUGGCUUGAACAAGAUCUCCGUUCAGUUGAUCGUUCUCGUACUCCAUGGAUUAUCGUUGGUUCUCAUCGACCAAUGUAUGCAUCAGAAACUGAUGAACCUUAUGAUUUUACGAAAAUAAUAUUACAAUUAUCUUUGGAACCGCUCUUCUAUAAAUAUCAUGUUGAUGUAAAUCUUUUUGCACAUAAACAUUCGUAUGAACGAACCUGUCCGAUGUUUCAACAGAAAUGUGUAUCCGAUGGUAUAACACAUGUAUUGAUUGGUAUGGCAGGACAAGAUAUAGAUUCUGGUCAGUAUUCAGGUGCGGCAUGGAGUAGAUAUCAUGAUCAAGAAUAUGGAUAUAGUCAAUUAUGGGCCAAUCGAACAUAUUUAUAUUUUUCCUAUUAUCACAAUAGUGAUGAUAUGAUCGCUGAUCAAUUUACGCUUGAAAAAUAA